GUGGUCACUAACAGUGGCCCUAUCCGGGGCAAGCGCCUUACCACAGCUUCUGGCAUGGUGACAGCAUUCUUGGGAAUCCCCUACGCCGAACCUCCAUUGGGGACCCUGCGUUUCAAAAAGCCCCUUCCCCAUGAGCCCUGGAGCCACAUCCUGGAGGCCACCAAUUAUGGCAAUUCCUGCUACCAGGAGAGUACAGAACGUUUCAGCUAUCCUGCAGAAGUGAACUCAGAAGCCACUUUGCAACUCUCCGAGGACUGCUUGUUCCUCAACCUCUGGGUGCCUCAUCCACGACCCAUGACCCCAAUCCCAGUUUUUGUCUGGAUCCAUGGAGGUGGUUUUGUCCAAGGUUCUGGAUCCCUGGAUAGAAGCGUCUUAGCUGCCACGGAGAACAUCAUUGUGGCUUCUAUGAAUUAUCGUCUAGGCUCCUUGGGCUUCCUCUACCUCCCUCCGGAUGCUCCAGGGAAUGCUGGCUUGUGGGACCAACAACUGGCGUUGAGUUGGCUGAGGGAAAACAUGGCCGCCUUUGGAGGGGAUCCAAGCCGAAUCACCAUAGGAGGUCAAAGUGCCGGGGGUGCCUCGGCUGGUUUCCACCUUCUCUCACCAGCAAGCCAACCUAUUUUUGCUCAGGCUACCGUACAAAGUGGAGCCACCAUUAGCCCCUGGGCUUGGGUGAAUCCUCAGGAGGCCAAGGUCAGAGGACGAACCCUUGGCCAGAUUUUGGACUGUACUGAGGAGGAGGAGGAGGAUGACCGAGCUGUUGUUCAAUGCCUGCAGAGGAAGGAACCAGGCACGUUGGUGCAGAAGUCAUCUACCAUAGGACAGAACGUUUUAUUUAAUUUCCCCUUCGUGCCAACAACAGAUGGGGAGUUCCUUCCGGACGACCCUCAGAAACUUCUGGAAGCUGGGAGCUUCUUGGCGAAACCUGUUCUGACUGGCUUCACCCCUGACGAGGGCACCAUUUUCCUCUUUGAAUCGCCUGGUUUCAGCCUGUAUAAUGACAGCCUGAUCAGCUACAAGCAGUUAUUAGAGGGCCUCCGUCUGUUGCUCCCAGAAGCUCCUGAGAUUGUCAUUAAAGCUGCAGCACUCAUUUACAGCGGCGGGGAACAAGGGGAAGCCCGGUAUAGGGAUGCCAUGAUCAGGGCCAGUGGGGACUACGCCUUCUUGUGCCCAGUGGCUAGUGUGGCCAACCGGAUGGCUGAAGCCGGAAGCCCCGUUUUUGCCUACAUCUUCACCCAUCGUCCUGCCUUCAUAGUUGCACCCGACUGGAUUGGGGUACCCCACUGUGCCGAGCUGCCUUAUUUGUUUGUUUCCAUCCUGUCUACGCUGGAUGGCAAUGCCACCAACUCGGAUGAGGAAGAGAUUCUCAGCCAAAGGGUUAUGCAAUAUUGGGGGCAGUUUGUAAGAACUGGGUAAGUGAUUCUCAUCUUUUUUAA